UUCAGGAGCCAACUUACCCAUUCAAAUCCAAUCCUCAUUUUCAUUACGCUUUAGUUGUUUCCUUCACAGAAACUGAAAAAGCUUCAAUUUUUUUCUUCUUUUCAGGAUAGAAUUCUGAGAUGGACCGCCGGGGUUGGCUCUGGAAGAAAAAACCAUCUGAUAAAAUCACAAAGGCUGAGAUUGCAGUGGCUACAUCAGAAUCUGUUGGUUCUACCUUGUCUUCAGUGGCACAUCUAGGAGAUCAGCAGGACAACUGCAAAAAUAAGAACUAUGUUCAGAUAUCAAUGGAAUCAUAUACACAUAUGUCUGGAUUGGAAGAUCAAGUUGUAAGCUUGGAGGAUCAAAUAAAAGCUUUGGAAGCAAAGUUAUCUGCAGCUUAUUCAGAAUUAAAUAACAAGGAUGAUCUAGUUAAACAGCAUGCAAAAGUUGCUGAGGAAGCAGUCUCAGGUUGGGAAAAAGCUGAUGCAGAAGUUGUUUCCUUAAGACGUCAACUUGAAUCUCUGUCUCUCUCUAAGCUUACUGUUGAUGAGAGAGCAGCUCAGUUAGAUGGGGCUCUAAAAGAAUGCAUGAAGCAGAUAAGAACUAUAAAGGAGGAAAGUGAGCAGAAACUGCAGGAGGUGAUUCUUAUGAAAUCCCAGCAAUGGGAGAAAAUCAAAUUAGAGUUUGAAGCACAAAUAGACAGAUUGGAGGAAGGACUCCAUGAAGAAGCUGGUGAAAAUGCUGCCCUUCUGAGAUCACUUCAAGAAAGUUCAAAUAGAAUAGUAAAAAUGAAAGAAGAAAAGUCUGAAGCUGAGGCUGAGGUAGAGCUUCUAAAGAAGAAUUCUCAGUCAAAAGAAAAAGAAUUAACUUCAUUGAAGUAUGAGCUGCAUAUGAUUUCUAAGGAGCUGGAUAUCAGAAAUGAAGAGAAGAAUAUAAUUAUGAGAUCAGCAGAAGUGGCAAACAAACAACACAUGGAGGAUGUUAAGAACAUUGCCAAGCUGGAGGGCGAAUGCCAACGGCUGCGUGGUCUGUUGCGAAAGAAGUUACCUGGGCCUGCUGCAUUGGCACAAAUUAAGCUAGAAGCUGAGAGUUCAUGCCAUGUCAUUAGUGCACCUCAUCUAAGAAAAACUUAUUUAAAAUCUGAUAGCUUGCAAGAAUCUGAAUUUCUUACCAAACAAUUGGAGGAGUUGGAAGAAGAAACAAAAACAUUGAAAGAAGCAUUGGCCUCAAGUAAUGCUGAACUGAAGGCUUCUAGAAACUUGUAUACUAAAACAGUUGGCAGACUUAAGAACUUGGAAGCUGAGAUACAAGUUUUUCAUCAAGAAAGAAGAGCCCAGAAAUCAAUUUUGGCCACCAAUUACGAGAACCCCUUGAGUAGAAUUUAUAGCAAUCCUCCUAGCAUCACUUCUAUCUCUGAUAAUGGGCAUGAGGAUCCAGAAAGUCCUGUUGAGUCAUGUGCAGUAUCGAUUCCUGACCAUUCUGAUAUCAGGAGGGUUAGAAGUGUAGGUAAAUUUGAGAAUCAUACGAGUGAAAUUAUCUCAGACUUGAUGGAUGACUUUCUGGAAGUGGAGAAGAUGGCGUGUUUAUCGGACAAUGGCAGUGUACCUCUUGGCAUCCUUAGCAAAGCUAAUGAUGAUGCCGAAGAUAAAAAGCACACUAGCUGUUUAUCAUCAAAUCAAAAUUGUUUUGAGAUCACUGAUUCUGAGGGUGAUUACCUUCCCAUUUUGAAAAGGCUUCAAUCUAUAAUUUCUAUGAUCACUAUCUCUGAAGCAAAGGACUCCAAUAUUUGGAAGCUUUUUGGGGAUCUUCAAGUUACUGUUUGUGAAUUAAGAUCUUACCUCCCAACAACUUCAGAUUGCCCUCUCUGUUUGAAAUCCAAUUGUAAUGACGAUGAUUCCUCUUUUCAGCAGUUUUUCAAGACUGGCAUGCCUGUGCCCGUGAGUGGAGAUAGUAUAGUUGGCACUGAGUUUGGGAUUACUGAACUUCAAGGGGUAACAGCAAUUUCUUCAAUUCACCGCUUUGUACUAACACUGGGAAGAGAAACUUCGCAACUUCAGGGAAAUUGUUACAAUGGGCACAAGUUGGAUGCAAACUCAGAAGAGAUCUCUUUCUCUCUGAAUCAACUGAGCACAAACAAAACAAGUUUAGAGUUUGUUCUCAAACUUUCUCAAGCUUUGACCAAAACUAUUGAAUCACAUUUGAAGUAUUUGGACUGUAAAGGCAAGAGAGUAGAUAUUAAUAGUACAACUAGUUUAGCACCAAAUGAAAUGUAUUUUAAUACAGAUGGCUGUUUUCGUCAACUCAGUUCAAAUUCUGAUGUCCCCAAAGAAGUAGUGAGUCCGGGUUCUGAGUUGAAUUUGAUAUCCUCUGAGCACUCAUCAGCAGAUUUCAAACAGAUGGAGCCAGAGAAAGAUGAUAAGGUAACUGAACACGAUGAACACAUGCAAGAUCUCAAAGAAAAAAACAUGAUGCCGGAAAACAUGCAGCUUCUGGAAGAACUGAAAGCACAAUUGGCUUUGUCUCAUAAAUCAUACAGUUUGACCGAGAUUCAGCUCAAAUGUAUGACAGAGGCUUAUAAGUCACUUCAAACACAUGUAGAUGAGUUAGAAGCUGAAAAUAAGUUUUUAAAGGAAAAGAUGGAUGAGCUGAAGAAUGAUCUUGCAGAGGAAAAACGAUGUCAUCAUGAUGCUUUGAUGAGGUACAAAGAAAUUGAAGAAACAAUGCAAAGGGACAAGUGCUUGGUGUGUGCAUCAAAGUCAGCGGCAAAUAACAGCAUCAAUGAUGGGAAGGAUAAAGAGCUAGCAGCUGCAGAGAAAAAGCUCGCAGAAUGUCAAGAGACUCUAUAUAUACUUAGUAGACAAUUGCAAGCUAUGUGUCCUCAGAUAGGUGUAACUAUGACUCAUCAUAGUAAAAGGUUUCAGAUGAAUGAAAAGUUAGUUAAACCAACUUAUGCCUCUUCAAAGUCUUAUGGGUCCUGUAACUCAAAUGAAAUUGAUCAGGCUGAGGCAUGUAGCAUAUCUUCUGACAUUCAAGGAGUAACUGAUGAGUUCUCAUCACAUACCUCUGGUUCCACAGCGUGUCUUUCAGACAUUGAAGGCAACUUUUCAUUAAACUCUUCAGUAGGUUCAAAUCAUCCUGGUUAUACUCUUACUGAAUCAAAUUCAUGUUCUGCCUCUGCUACAGGGAAAAAUGCUUAUGGUUUGAGCCACUUUUUGUCAAAAGAGAAGAGUAGUCACUAGCAUAAUAGCAUUGUUUGUUAAUUAUCAAGUAUCAUUAUCAUAGGGAGCUCCCCGAUGAUUAUGUACAUAG